AUGUCGUCAAAUAACGACUCGCCCGACGACAUUGUUGUUGCAAAGUUUAACGCCCGGUGGAUAUCUUAUUCUCACACACUUUUUGCUUAUGUUGCAUUUUUCUCGGCAUUGGUUACUGGAUGCUCGACGCAUUAUUAUCAAAUUGUAAAAAAUGAACACGGGGGGUAUCCAGAGGAAUGGUUUCCAAGUGUUAGUGCAGCUACUGGAGAUUGGUACCCAGCUCGUUCAAUUUUUCAAAUUUUUAUAGCGGUUGCAGCGGGACCGCGUUUUCUAUUAAUAUACUUAUUUUAUCUUAUUACUGACAAGCCAAAUCUUACUUAUCCUAAAAUCCAUGCUAUUAUUGGUGUAAUACGCGCUUUUUCUUGUGGUGGAUGGGUUUAUAUAACCUCAUCGGAUGAUCAUUAUGUUCAUGACAUUGCGAUGAUUGUGUAUUUGGUGACAACCUUACCUUGGAUGUUGGGUACUUUGGCCAUAGGUCCCGAUAAUAAGCAAGCGUCAAAAUGGAGAAAGUUAACCGCCAUUGCAUUUUUUGGAACUCUGGUCCCGAUGUUUUAUUUUUAUUUUCAACAUAAAGUACAUCGUGUCGUUGGUGCUUACACUACAUACGCGUUUUUCGAAUGGUCUUUGAUUUUAUACGAUAUUGCUUUUGAUGCUUUAAGCUUAUUCGACUUUAAUUCCAUCGAAUUAAGAAUCGUUAAUAUCAAUCCAAAGGAAGGGGUUAUAAAUGUUACCACAGAAAAGUCCGAAAAGUUCAAGGAAUUUUCUAGGAGAAUCGAACCUAUAUUUGAAAUUAGUUUUUGGAGUAAUCUAAGAGGAUUUUUAGUUGAUACAUAUCUUGCUUUUAUGUAUUGGUCAAUGUUGACGUCACUUGCAUUGACGAUUUGGUAUUUCCCACUUUGGUAUAUGGGAAUAUCAGGGUUUGAGUCUUUCUUGCUUGUAACCAUAGCGCCAUCAUUGCUUGGGAUUGGUUUUAUCCGUAAAUUAAUCAAUUUGAAUCAUGGCGUAUUCCACCUUUUAUCGCUUGUUGGUAUAGCAGCAUAUUUAUUCACUGAUCCAGUUCAACGCCUUAUAGUUGUUUCGACAGGUGUUGCUAUCGCAACUGUAACUUGGACUUCCAUGUGGAUUGAAAAUAGGAAUAGUGCCGGCCAACUAGAACGAUAUGCUCUCACUUGGUGUUUGGGCUUGAUUUUAAGUAACGUCGUAAAAAUGGCUUGGUGGACUAAUAAUCCAAUAUGGCCAAUUAUGCAUAAGGAAAAUGGUGGAUGGAAUCACAUUGGGCUUUUCUUCGGAGUCUUUGCCUCAUUAGACGUUAUGUUACGUAAAAAUGGAGAGAAAACGCAAAUUAAUUAUUAUGAACAAAUAACAGUUUCUGGAUCUUGGUUUAUGGCAGCUUCUGGAUUUGGUUCACUUCUUUUUGCGCUUCAUUCUUUACUCACUGACAGCUCUACAAUUAUACGUUGGGUUUAUGAUGGAUACCCAAAUACUGGCCCACAUCCUAUUCCUUGGGGUGUCGUCACUAUUGUUGCAAUGUCCCUUGGAUUAUUUCUUUCACCUUACAAGAAGAUAGUUAUUAGUAAACCUUGGUAUGUUAUUGGGUGCGUUUCUUGUGCAUAUAUGUAUUACUAUCCCGCAUGGAAUGGAUAUUAUGGUGGACUUGUACUUACUGUUUACUUGAUGUCAUUGGUGCCUACAUUUAUUGGAAUCGUUGUUCAACAUCCUCCCGGAAGAACUUUUCUUACAGCGAUGAUGAUAUAUAAUAUCUUUUGUUUGGCACAUGUGUGGGUUGUAGCUUACGCUUUUGUCCCUGCUGGUGAAUACAUGAGAGAACACACCGAUUAUGUGUUAUUUGCUAUGAUGACUUUUAUUGGACUUGGUAUCAGAAAUGCUUCUACCAAUUAUACAUUUAAACAUUUACAAUUAAAUUCGUUACAUUUAAAUCGUUCGUUAACGAGAGGGGGAUUGGCGAUAAUGAUUUUAUUAGGAUGUUUGGUUUCCUUUUCUCGUCUUCCAUUUGAAACACCUACACCUUAUCAUCCAGAACAAAAAAUUUUUACAGCUGGUAUUUGGACAAUUCAUUUUGCACUUGAUAAUGAUAUGUGGGCUAGUUUAUUGGAAUCAGAUACUGGGCGUAUCAUGAUGGGAAAUCGUGACUUUACACAGUUCCUUGCUGAGGAUCUCAACAUGUAUUCCGAUUAUGGGCCAGGUCCCUCAAAACAUACAUGGGGAUGUGCUAUGCUUUCGAAAUUCCCUAUCCUUGCAUCGAGACAUUAUCUUCUUCCAUCACCUGUAGGAGAACUUGCUUGCGCGAUUCAUGCAACUCUGGAUGUUUAUGGACAGAAAGUUGAUGUGAUUGUCAGUCAUAAUGGGCAAGAAGAAGAUGAACUUGAUCGUAAAUUACAAACGGAAGAAUUGGCGCGUAUUAUGAGAGAAAGUGAAAAUCCUAUUGUAUUUUUAGGAUACGUUGUAACUACCACGACGGAUGAAAUUUACUCUAUCCUUAUAAAUGAUGGUAAUGUUUUCGAUAUAGAUGAGACAGAUUAUGAUCGAUGGUGUGAAUACAUAGCCUAUAGAGGAGUCAAACGGAUAGGGUAUGCCAGAGUAAGUCAUGGACGUAUAACUGAUACGGAAAUUCAAUUGGGCAAAUUCCAAAUUGUUGAAAAUUAUAAUCCCAAAACUUGGCAAGCAAGUGAGAAACGGGUUAAAGAAAAUAAAAUUGACAAGAGAUUAAGAUUUCCCGAACAAUUUAAAGGUGAAGGGGUUCGUGGUCAUCGAUAUCACGUAUUUGAUGAACCUCGAUAUUAUAAUUAA